AUGGAGGCCCCAGCAAGCAGGGGGACAAGGACCUGGAGGUGGCUCACCCUGGGCUCCAGCAUCCUGUUGCUCCUGUGUGUUUCUGGGCUCAGCCAACCGGCCACAGAGAAGAUUAUUAAAGGCAAGGAGUGUGCCCGUCACUCACAGCCUUGGCAAGUAGGGCUGUUUGAGGGCACCAGUCUGCGUUGUGGGGGGGUCCUCACUGGCCGCAGAUGGGUCCUCACAGCUGCUCACUGCAGUGGCAGCAGGUACUGGGUGCGCCUGGGGGAGCACAGUCUUAGCCGUCUGGACUGGACGGAGCAGAUCCGACGCAGCAGCUUCUCCGUGACCCACCCCGGCUACCAGAGAGCCGGGCACAGCCAUGACAAUGACCUCCGGCUCCUGCGACUGGGCACACCCGUCCGCUUGACCCGCAGCGUCCAGCUCCUGCCCCUGCCCACCACCUGUGCAGCGGCUGGCACCAAGUGCCACAUCUCAGGCUGGGGCAUCACCAAUCAGCCAGGGAAACCAUUCCCGGACCUGCUCCAAUGCCUCAAUGUCUCCAUCGUUUCCAGUGCUGCCUGCCAGGCUCUGUUCCCCGGGAAAAUCACGGACAACAUGGUGUGUGCCAGCGGCGCUGAUGGGGCAGAUGCCUGCCAGGGUGACUCUGGAGGACCCCUGGUGUGUGGAGGAGUCCUUCAAGGUCUAGUGUCCUGGGGAACUGUGGAGCCUUGUGGGCAAAAAGGCAUCCCAGGAGUCUACACCAACAUUUGCAAAUAUGUGGACUGGAUCCGGAUGGUCAUGAGGAACAACUAG